AUGAAUCUUAUCGAUUUAUUUAUUGAUGCACCUUUAGUUCGAGAUAUUUCAUCAAUGAAAAUGCCUAAUCAAACUAAAGUUGUACCUUAUUCUUUUACACCUUCUUCAAAAGAUAAUACCGAUGAUGAUUAUGAUCGUCGAAGAAGAGAUAUAGCAUGGGCACCAUCAACGUGUUGUACUUGUUAUUCCUCAUUUUGUGGAGGAUUAAUUUUAUUAAUCUUACUUAUUAUGGCAAUUGCCAUUCCACUACUAAUUACCAUUGCAGCUUCAACAACAAGUACUACCACCAUUAUAACAACAACAUCAACGACAAGUACUUCUACAGUCACAACUACAGCUAUUACUUGCUCACCAGCAUGUAGUUCAGAACAAACAUGUGUACUAGGAGAUGGUGAUAUUGUAGUCAGUACACCAAAUGGUAAUACUAUUAAUUAUAUGAAUAUGGGUCCAUCAACAUCUACUGAUCAAGGUCAACUAGAUGCAGAUUGUACAAAUGGAACGGGACCAGAAAAUGUUUUCUGGUCACGCGGUGGACCUAUUCCACCAACAGGCACCUAUUAUGUCUGUUUUGAACCAUAUUUUUUCAAUCCGAAUAUAACUAGUGCAGAUCCAAUAUCUGUAACAAUAGACAUCAAACGCUCAAAUAAUACUAAUUUAUCUGCUACACAAAACUACACAUCUACUAUAAGAAAUAAUUAUGCAUGUGAUGCAAAUUCAAUGACCCUUCUAAUUUCCUUUACUUAUCCUUAG